AUGGCAAAAGCGUCUAGUUCUUCAAGAACUCGUAUUGAAUGGUUGUGGAAAUCAAAUAAAGAUCCUUGGUCAUCCACUGAACCAGAAGAAUGGAGUGUCUUUUCUGAUGUUGAAAUAGCAAUCAUCGAAGACGGAUUUCAAAGAAAACUGUCUGAAGUUUUGCUUGAUAGUUAUCACAUCGAUUUCCAACGCUCUGUUCAAAUAUCAAAUGUUAACGCAAACCAACAACGACCCGUUAAGCGUAUUGAUAAGACCAGGUCCACAGCUGAAGUAAGGCUCAGAGAGGCCAGAUUCAUGCCAAAUCCAAUUAAUCCAUCAACACCUUUCACAGCACAGACUAAUUUAUUGAUGUUUUUCGGCGAAUUUUAUAAACAUUAUGAUAUCACUAAUGACCAAAACCUCAACGAUCCAAACACUAUUCGAAUGUUGAUUGAAAAAGCUGCCGAAGGUAUUAUCAUUGAAGGAAAGCUGGUAGGCAAACAGAAGGAGGCCGAAUGGAUAGCAGAGCAGCUCUUAAAGAUGAAAGAUGCAAAUCAGGACGAAAUAUGGCAAUGUUGCGCUCAUAUUUACACGAUGGAAUCCUUUUUGUAUCAGAAAAUGAAUGAAUACAUGAGAUUAGCAGGUGACAAGCAACAUGAAGAACUGUGGAAAAGUAAAAUUUUAACAUUUGGCCCUUUUGCUUUUCUUCUUUCUGCACUAAAAACUACAAAAAAGUACAGCAAAAUGACCGUCUAUCGUGGUGCUAAUUUAUCCGACGAUUUAAUUAGCAAAUAUAGAGACAACUUGGAUGCGUAUCUUACAUUUCCAGCGUUUACAUCAACAAGUCGAAAUCGUGCGAAGGCUGAACAAUUCGGAAACGUUCUCUUUGCUAUCAAUAUCAGUACUUUGGAUGGAGCCGAUGUUUCGUCAUAUUCCGCCUAUCCUGACGAAGAAGAAGCAUUGCUCUCAUUCGACUUUGCCUUUUAUAUACGGUCAUGCAACUUUGAUGCUAACAGAAACAAAUGGGUCAUUGAACUUUCUCCGUAA